GCAAGGCGCAGAAAAGCAGCAGAGGCAACAGUGCUCGCGCGAGUUUCGGUCGUCGACGGUCCGUCGGAUUUGCAGUUGAAUUCAAUGGAGCCUGUUGUGCGGCGGGGCUCGAUGGUGCAGCAUGAUUUGCUUUGACGGUCGUUUCACGUCAACGUCAACGCCAUCGUCGUUGCUUGCUGCGCCUUCGUUGUUUUCUUUGAUGAACGUACGGUGAGUGCAUGCUCAGCUUGUGAACGGUCGCACGGCUGCCGGGCGGCCAUGCUAGUUGGUUGGGUGUGCGAAAGCUGUGUCUUAUAUUCAUGUGGAGGCGGACGCAAUCAAUAUGUAGAGUCGCAGUAAGGUUGUUCAACGCGUAUAUUUGUGUGUAGGUACUGAAUGGAAUAUCAGCGCUGUAGUUGUUUGUUCUCAACGACAUUAUUUGUGGCAGUAGAUAUAUGUAUACAAUUGUAUGUAUGCAUCUAUAGACAUAAAACUGAAAACACAUAAAUGCGCUUUAGUCCUCACUGAGGUUAAGCAGCGCGGUUAGCCUUAGGAGACGACCAAUAUCCAAGCGUUCUCAAGGCAAUCGGUCCUUUAUAUUGGAUGGACAUGGGUUCAAGCAUGUAUGAGAAUGUACCACAAUACUCUAGUAGGCCUCUGCAAGAGAUAUGUAUGUAUGUACGUAAUGCUUUGCGGUUACAACAACAACAAAGGAAAAGCAAAGAUCGUGCGUCUUACAAACCCCAUAGCACGCAUAUAAUCCCCUACUGUCGCUUUAGUGAUCGCGUAUUCUUGCCUUCAUAUCACUACAUUUUUGUUACAGUGCCAAGUCCUUGCAAAGUGCAGCUCGUACUCUACUGCAUUCGAACCGUCAGCGUAAUAUCAGUGGUCAUGGUUUGUACAACCAACGUCUUAACAGAGCCAUUUGCGAAGGCUAUUGCUACUACCGUCCAACCAACACAACCGUCAUCAUCAGCAUCGCCGUCAUUAUCGUAAUCAUCAUAAACCGCUUCUUUUCCAUCAUCAACAUCCUCACUACACGCUGAUGACUGCCACUGCCAGUAUGUAUGUUGGCUGCUCUACAGCCCCACCAUAGCCAUUCUUGUUAUUGUUGGUUUUUCUCUUGUAGGAAUGCGCCACAAUCGCUACUUCCCUCCUUCCUCUUUGGCUGACAGUCUUUAGCCUGCUUUUAUCCGCCUUCCACUUCAACCACCUCGCUGCCACUACUGUCGCGUAGCCUCGCGCUGCCGCCGCUACUUCAAUGGCGCUGUUAUUGUCGACGAUAGUGAUGGUGGUGGUGUUGGUACCUCUAGUGUUGGCGCUGGCGGCUCAUGAAGAUGAUGAUGUCGAUUCAUGGCAAUGGCAUGGUGUGGCGUGUGGUUGUGGUUGUUGUUAGCGGCCGCCUUUUUGUCGUUGUCGUUGUCGUCAUCGUCGUCACUGGUUGGCAUAGUUCCUCGCGCGCUCAUCAUUGUUGUUGGUGCUGUUAAUACUCUGACUGCAUGCCUUCUAUAAACGCUGUCGUUGCUGCCACCGCCGCUGCUGCCGCCGCCGUUGUUGUUGCUGUUUUAGUAUAUUUUUUUUUUAUUUUUUGUUAACUGCUUGUUCACUGCGCUGCCUUCUGCUUGCUGUUGUGUGCCUGAAUCUCAACUCUGCUCGUAUCUGUCGAACCGUUGCGCGGUGGUUGUACGUGCGCUCAGUUCAUUCAAGUGUCCAACUUUUGUCGGAGCGGUCGCAUCGGUACGGAUAAAUUCGCACAACGUUCAGUAUUCAGGCCGCUGGUAGUAGUAGCAGUGUCACUCAGCAAGUGCGGUGUGGUGUAAAGUAAUAUGUAUGUACAUACAUACAUAUAGAAACGGGAGCGGCGCCUAGCAAAACCGAACAUAUAUAUACGUACAUAUAGAUUGUGUGUGUAUACGGAGCCUAGUUGCACCUACGUACAUAUAAACCAACAUACAUAUAUUGUGCUUAUUUUACAGAACAAACUUUUUUGCAUGUACAUAAGUACAUGUGUAUGCAUGUAUAAUAUGUAUGCAUGUAUAUCUGUGGCAGUGAUAAUAAAAAAUCAGUGAUUUGCUUACAUACACACUUUGAUGUAUACAUAUAGUAAAUGCAUAUCCCCACAGAUCGUUUGGCGUUAAUAUAUAACUACGUAUAGACACUUUAUAUGUACAUAUUUAUGUACAUACGUACGUAUGUAUGUAUGCAUGUGCAUAUGUAAAUACACUAACAACUGAACACUAUUGAAAGCGCUGAUCCACUACUUUUUUGCUGUUGUUAUUGUUAUUGUGCUGCUAUAUAAAUACAUACAUACAUAUAUAUAUAUGUAUGUAUCCAACUGCCUCAUCACAGCAGCAAAUUUUUUCCUUCACUACACUCACUUGGGUUCAUAUAAUCAUCAGCGCACUGUUAUGGCAAUACGCCGUGCAUGAAGCCCGGCCGUCGUCGUUGCCAUUGCCGUUGCCUUUACCAGUCAUUGUCCGUCAACUCAUACGAGUACUAACUACUCGCAGCAGUUUACCAAGCUGAGCUGCUGCUGGCUUGCCACCAACGAGCAAUCGAUACUCGCUGGCUGGCUGACUGAUUGUGGUAGCUGCGUGCGUGUGCCGUGAAGACCAUCAUCAAAAUCCAACUGUGAGCGCAAAGCGUAGAGAUACAGGCAUUUAAACACACGAGUGAAUACAUACAGACUUAUUUGAAGUGCGUAUAUACGUUAAUAACGUCUAAUUUCAAACAAACAAACAAACAAACAACAAAAAGCACGCAAAACGCGUACAUUGGCAAUAAUUAUCUGUGCGAGCAUACGAAUAUAUACAUAUAUAAGCAUAUAAACAAAGUUUAAUCUUAUGCGUGUCACAGAAAAAAAAUUUAAUUAACAAAAUCACUAAAAAAAAUAUAAAGAAAAAAAAACACCAUAUUAAAUAUAUCAAAAAUAUUUCAUCAUCAUCAAGCGGCACUAAAUCACAGCUGCACUCUUCAAUCGAUAAAUUUUGCGAUAAACAAAACAACCGCACAGACACCACACACAGAGCGAACAAUCAACAAAUGUCAAGUUGUGAAUGAAAAAUUCGUUGGUAAUUAAAGAUAACAACAACGACGCGACGUUUAAGAUAAUCAAAACAAAAACGAAAAAACCGAUUGCAUGCAUACUUGCAAGUGCAAUAAAUACAGAUAAUUAAAGUAAACAACAAAAAAUAUUAAAACUAAUUAUUAAUUGCACCCAAGCAUAUAGAAAGAAAAAUCACAUAAAAUGAAGACACCGCGCGGCGCUAGUGAAUCGUCAACAACGUCCGAUAAUACAACCGAAUUCAUUGAUAUUGUUAAAAAGUAUGAUGUUGUUUAUAAUACACACAAUCCUGAUUAUAAAAAUGUCGAAGUGAAAAUGAAGGUUUGGUCGCAGAUCGCCGAGGAGAUUGGUCUUUCAGUUGAUGCGUCCAAACGAAAAUGGAAGAAUCUACGCGACAGCUACACCAAAUAUUUGCGCUCCUUUCGAGUCGGCACGAAAACAUCGAAGAAAUAUCAAUAUUGGGCCCAUGCCGAUCAUAUGGACUUUCUAAAACCCUAUCAGGGACCCGGCAGCAUUUUGGCAAUUGGCCUUCCUUUCAGACAUUCCAACGGCAAUUCGAAUAGUAGUAAUAGUCUUAAAACCGAAGAUACAGAGGAUACCGAGUGCGAUUUUGGAUUUCAAGUAUUAACAAAAGCUGCAGGUACGAAUUCUUCAUCGGAAGACGAUUUAAAAUUUAAUUCUGCAGCAGCAAUGCCUACAAGCACAACAACAACAGUAGUACCAACAGCACAGGCAUCGCUAGCACCACCACCGCCACAAGGGCCAGCAGCAGCAGCAGCAGCAGUAGCACCACCACCACCACCGCCGCCAUCGUCAUCCUCGUCCCUAACUGUGACCACCUUACCGCCGGCUGUGUGCAGCACAAUGACAAAUACCACAGUGACGGCUGUUCCAGCGGCAACCAAUCAAAUUCCCGCUCAUUUUCCACUCUCAGCUGUAGUCUCUUUGCCAGCUGCCUCUGCUGCUUUUUCACCCAACAAUGCGGCAGCUAUUAAUUGCAUGGCUCCGAGUAGUAAUAACAUUGCGGCCUCGGCCGCCGCUUCUAUAGCGGCACUCACCAACAACUGCAGCGGUGCACCCGCGGUUACAGCUACAGCCGGCGCACUAGUGCUGCCAGUGCCAUCUCUACCCACAGUACAAUUACCACCGGUACAAGCACAUAACAAGCCGCUACUGGGUCCCAUCUCCACAAUGGGUCCAACCAAUAUGCCACCGGCACAGAUAUUUCCACUGCCGCCACUGGCAAAUGUACCGAAACCCACAGCUCUUAUGCCGGCAAGUAGCGCAGCGAGCAGCGUUGGCUGUUUGAUAAUCGAACCGCAACUGUUCGCCUCAGCCGAUACAUUCAAGAAGGAACUCAGUGCGCCAACUAUUGGUCUGUUUCAUAAUAUAACCUCUCCGGCAACGAGCACCGCUUCAACAGCGCGCAUCAACCCGCCGCUAAUAUCGAAAAUACGUCGUGUGCAGCCAUCGCCGCAGACGGCGGCAAUCAAUCUCAGCUUUAGCGCUAUGCAGCAAACUGCGAAUAACAACAACAACAACAGCAACAGCAAUACUAAUAUGAAUAACAAUAACAAUAGCAGUCAACCGCCACCAGCGAAAGUCCGCAAAACGAGCGAUCGCGCCGAGGUCGACAUCUCAGCAAUACUGCAGGCGAAUCGGGACUUGGAUGCCAAUACGCUGUUUUUCCUUAGUCUGGCACGAAUGGUACGCGCCAUGCCGACUAAGUUUCAGUCACUCGCCAAAAUGCGCUGCAUGCGUAUUGUCAGUGACAUUGAAUUGGAGCUGGAGAAUGCAACUGAGUGUGGUGGCAUGCAGCCGAAUGACGACUCACAUGGCAGUAAAUUUUGUAGCAUAGACUCGUCGCCCUCACCACCGGAUGGCGCUACCAUCAUACCAAACAAUCCAGUCUCCGAUACGGGGCCAACCGAGCACUUUGUUUAUGUGAUGUCGCCAUCUCGGGUGGAGAGCAUGAUUGAUAUUUCAUCAGAUGAAGAUGGUACCAUGAAUGGUAAUUAGUUGGGUACAAAUUAGGAACACUCAAGUUUAAUUUAUGUAGUAAAAUGUAUGUAUAUGUAAAUAUUUUAAUCAAAGAUACUCAAAAUAAAUUUUAAGAUAAUUUUAAAACAA